AGGAAGCAAAGAGGAUCUGAGCCGGAGGGAGCGGAGAAUCCGGGACACUGCGGCGGGAUCAGAGAGGAGAGGAUCCGGGACACUGGGAUCAGAUAGCCGGAGCCUUCACUUACACCAACAAGGAAGAUGAAUGUGACCAACCACUUGUCCGCGGAGAUCCAGAGCAGCGUCACCAUUGAAUAUCUGAACUCCUCCGGACAGGCCAUGAAGCGUAAGGUUAUCCGUAACGCCUUCACCUCGCUGGGACGCAAUGAGUUCCGGGAGCUGGUGCUGAAGGUCAGUGACGGGAAGUUACCUCAGAACUUCAUCCUGAAGCAGAUCCAGAUCUUCACCCGCUUCAUCCGAGAUGGUAAAAGCUCCAUCGUGCUGCAGCCGGAGAACAUCCAACUGCUGAUCUCUAACUGCCCCUCCGACCAGCUGAAGCAUUUCAUGAAGACCCUGAUGAUAAAACACGAAGCGGCGAAGAGCAAGAAGCCGGUGAAUGAGCGCAUGCGCCUGCUGUCAGGGCUCCCACGUAUGUUUGAGACCAUCAGCCCCGUACAGAAGAAGGACGUGGAGCAGGCGAACGAAAUGCGAGCAAAAGUCAAUAACCAGACGCCUCUGAAGGGCAAAGGGCUGAGUAACCGGGGAGGGAACGGCGCGAACCGAUGCCAACAGAAACGGCCGAGGACGGAGUCAUCAGAGAACAGUCUGAUUUCGGAGCUCCGCCCCAGUAAGAAGCCCGCUCUGUCUAUGCCCCGGCAGCUGCAGCUCUCCACCGAGCAGUCCACGAUUCUUAGCACCAUCCUGAGCGGGAGGAACGUUUUCUUCACGGGAAGCGCAGGCACAGGGAAGUCGUACCUCCUGAAGAGGAUUGUUGGGGCGCUGCCUCCUAAAAGCACUUAUGCCACCGCGAGUACAGGGGUAGCGGCCUGUCACAUCGGGGGCACCACACUACACGCUUUUGCAGGGAUCGGUUCGGGGAAGGCUCCUCUGGAGCAGUGUAUAGAGUUGGCCAAGAGGCCGGGGGUCCGUCAGCACUGGAUCAGUUGCCGACACCUGAUCAUCGACGAGAUCUCUAUGGUGGAAGGGGAAUUCUUCGACAAGCUGGAGGCCGUGGCCAGGGCGGUCCGCGGGAAGGACGAGCCCUUUGGUGGGAUCCAGCUCAUCGUCUGCGGAGAUUUCCUGCAGCUUCCGCCGGUGACUCAAGCCUCAAGUCAGACAAAGUUCUGCUUCCAGGCCAAAAGCUGGAGGAGAUGCAUCCACCUGACCAUGGAGCUGACGGCGGUGCGGAGACAGACCGACAAGAGGUUCAUCUCUCUGCUGCAGGCCAUUCGUCUGGGCAGGUGCACGGAAGAGGUGACCAGACAACUCCUACUGACCGUCAACAACAAGAUCGAGCGGGACGGGAUCCUGGCCACCCGGCUGUGCACCCACAAGGACGACGUAGACCUGACCAACGAUCGGAGGCUACAGCAACUACCUGGGGAGAUGCAGCAGUACGACGCCCUGGACAGUGACCCGAUGCUUGUGAAGACUGUGAACGCGCAGUGUCCGGUCGGGGAGAAGAUCCUUCUGAAGAAAGGUGCUCAGGUGAUGCUGACCAAGAAUCUGGACGUCGCUCGCGGUUUGGUGAACGGCGCGCGAGGAGUCGUCGUUGGGUUCGACGGAGCCGGAAAACCUCUGCCCAAAGUCCGUUUCCUGUGCGGGGUCACGGAGGUCAUGAAGCCGGAGCGCUGGGUCAUCAAAGCUAAUGGUGGGGUCUUCCUGAGUCGGCAGCAGUUGCCCCUGAAGCUGGCCUGGGCCAUCUCCAUACACAAGAGUCAGGGGAUGACGCUGGACUGUGUGGAGAUCUCCCUGUCCCGUGUGUUUGAGAGCGGCCAGGCCUACGUAGCGCUCUCCAGGGCUCGCAACCUAGAGGGGCUCCGGGUCAUGGACUUCGAUCCAAAGGCGGUGAAUGCGAACCCAUAUGUUCUCCAAUUCUAUGCCAGACUGAAGAAGGAGCGAGCGCUGUACCAGACCAGUCUGGAUCCUUUUGUUGUGGAUAAGGAGAAUUGAUGGUUUUUCGGUUAUGUAAAUAUUACUGUACAGAACAUACGGCAC